GGCCGUCAUGGCUGUCGGUUUUGUGUUAGAACUCGAACCCCUUUCACAACUUGGCACUUGACAUUUCGAGGAUACAGCUCACGACGACGAAGACCUCUCGUCUUCUGCAAAGCGACGACAAAUAAUACGCAAAAUAAUCUGUUCUAAUCGAAAACCAGACCAUACCGGUAACCCCUGUUUCGCUCAUCCCUAACUUCCGACAACUUUCACCAUGUCUGAAGCCUACGAACGAGAGCGCCAGAACAAUGCCCGCCUAGAUGAGCUCUCAGCAAAGGUCUCCGCCCUUCGCGGUGUGACAGUCGACAUUUACGAUAACGCCCGAGCCCAGGAUGUCAUCGACAACACCUCCGAUACCUUCUCUUCCAUGACCACACAGAUGAAGGGCUCCGCUGGCCGCUUAACUCGCAUGGCUGCAUCAGGCAACCGUGUCGCUAUCCUCAAGUUGUCGGGAAUCGUUAUUGGCGUUUUCUUGGUGUUAUUCUACGGUGCAAAAUUGUUGUUCUAAGAGCCUUGACACAGGUAUAAGCUGGACAGGGAACGAUCAUAAUACAAGGUGGCCGUUUGGUAGGGAAGACGGACGUUUAAGGUGGUAUACACAGAUGGUCAAGGGCAUCCAAGUGUACACAGCUAAAAGGCUAAGGAGUUGUGUCCCAUGAUUUUUACUGUUUUGGCAGCGUUGGGUCGGCGUUAUUUGAAUACACUCACAUUGCUUCAUCACUCGAAUCAAUA